AGUCACAGCAGCCUCAGCUUGUCCGUUGCCAGGCAUAGCUGCUGGACACAAAUAUUGUUAGGUGAAACUACUGCGUCGAGAACUUUCGAUUUUUUUGUAGCUUUUUGGUAAUACAAUUUAAUGAAAAGGGAAUACAUUUGUCUGCUUUAAUAAACUGGAAGGAAACUGAUCAUCUGGAAGAGGACAAUUUUCAGGUCAGAGCUUGGGAUGAAUAACCCCAAAGUGACAGAAAUGAUUCCUUUUCUUGUCUGAGCGACUAUUCAAGCCAUCGACUUGGUUGAAGAUGAUGGGCGAGCGGCAAAUGCAGUCUGGAAUCUGCUGGCAUCACAGCACAACAUCGACAUCGCUGUCAGAAGACAGUUGAAGAAACUUGAGUGGACUUAUGGAAAGGCUCUUGAAGCCUCAUCAAGAGAACAUUUUUUUGUCAUCCUAUAAAAUGAUGCCAAAGCAGCUGGCCCGCACCUCACCUGGGAGUGUGUGUUCCCUCCGUGGUAUCCGCAUCCCAGGAUCCCUAGCCAUGGCCAUCACAGCCAAAAUGGACAAUCAGGUCAUUGGCUAUAAGGACUUGGCAGCCAUCCCCAAAGACAAGGCGAUACUGGACAUCGAGAGGCCGGACUUAAUGAUCUACGAACCCCAUUUCAAUUACACGCCUCUGGAACUAUCGGAGGUGCACCGAAGCAGAGAGAGGUCCAUGUCUCCGUGUUCAUUCUCCCACCCGGCUUCUCCUGAGACCAUUCUUUUCAAGGAUCCCAAGGAGUGGCUGGAGAGCAGGGAGUCACCUGGAGGGUCAUCAGCAGGUUCAAACCUCCAGCUCAAAACCAGCUCUGCAUUAGACACCGCCACCAAGCUCCCCACACAGCACUUUCACAGGCCAGAUAAUGGAAUGAAUAUAUACAAGAAGCCACCAAUUUACAAACAAGAUGUAUUAGCAUCCAUCCCCCAGGGGAAACACAUAGAGGAUCUCAUCAUUGAGUCAUCUAAAUUCCCUGCCGCCCAGCCACCUGAUCCCAACAAACCCUCCAAGAUUGAGACAGAUUACUGGCCCUGCCCCCCCUCCCUGGCUGCAGUUGAGACAGAGUGGAGGAAGAAGGCUGAGUCCCGGAGGAGGGAGGAGGGAGAGAGGGAUGAGGAGGACGAUGAAUAUGACAAUGGAGACCUGUCCGAUGAUAUGUGGGGACUACGGCAACUGCAGAAGCAGGAGCUCAACAAAAUUCAGUCAAACUUGGGAAAGAUAAUCUUGAAAGAGGAGCUGGAUAAAGCUGUGCCCAUCCGCAGGAAAACUCGCUCACUGCCUGACCGGACAGCAAUGAACAUGGGGUCAUCCUCCAAUGCCUCCAAAAACAUACAUUUCCGAGCAACCAGUAGGAGUGGUCAGACCAGGCUCCAGUCUGCCGAGUUCACCCAAUCUGACAGUGACAAAGGAGGACCAGGCCUCCAGAAUGGAGAUUCUCAGAGAGGAAGAAUGGACAGGGGAAACUCACUGCCAAGUGUGCUGGCUGAGAAGAUAUAUCCAUAUGAAAUGCUCCUAGUGACCCACAGGAGAAGGAAUAAACUCCCACCAGGAGUAGACAGGAUGAGACUGGAGAGGCAUCUGUCCAUGGAGGAAUUCCAGAAUCUAUUUGGAAUGCCCAUUGAGGAAUUUGAUUGCCUCUCCCUCUGGAAGCGGAAUGACUUGAAGAAGAGGGUUUCCCUUUUUUAGUGAGGAGACCUACCUACACAUCAAAAGCCACCACACUUCCUUGGGGAAUUAGAUAAACAUAAACUGUCCAAUGCAACAACCCAGGAAGGGAGAUUAAAUUAAUGUCUGUCAUAUCUUUGCCAAAUCGGAUGCUUUGAAUCCCCAUUCCUUAUAUCAACUCUAUAACAACUCUAUAAAGUGUCAGAGCCUUCAUAUACUCUUGAAUUGUAGUUGCAUCAGCAGAGAAGAAACCUAAUAAGAGGACAGAGGCUUGGGCCAAGUAGAGAUUUCAUUAAGUCUUUUAUUUGGUCCGUACUAACAGGCCCACCAAUAGAGUUAGAUUGGACUGCCCACAUAUAUACCUACAGUAAGCUGUUUUACUGCUAAUCAAAGUUAUGGAUGGCUAAUUCUCAGUUACUAGAGCACUGCCACAUGUGAAGCCAUAUCGAUUUAUUAAUUAAACCACAAAUACCAAUAAAAUGUUUUUGUUUAUAGAAUUGGAGCACUAGAUGGAUGCCUCAAUUUCAAUACACCUUAAAUUCCCUAUUUCAAAAUACAAACAUUGCACUAAGCUGAAUAGUCCACUUAUUUUUUUAAAUAAAUAACAAUUUGAAGUGUAAAUCAAUUUGUAAAUCAAUAGUUAAAGUUUUUUAAGCUGUGCUGGUUUAGAGACUAUUGUGUCCCAAAUGGUACUUUAUUCUCAUGUAGUACAAACCUUUUGACCAGGGCCCACAGGGCUCCCAUAAGGCUCUGGUCAAAAGUAGUGAACUACAUAGUGAAUAGGGUGCCAUUUGUGAUGCACAAUACAAUCUGUCAGACUCAGUCACUCUACACAUCAGGUGUAGAUUUAUAGAACAUAAAACCUUACCUCCAAGAUGUCUGCAUCUUAACCCUAUCCAGACAUGCAAACAUACAAAUGAUCAAAAUCAUCCACGACUUAUAGCCAAUAUAGGUUUCUGACUGAAUGAUUGUCUAAACAGUACAUAUUGCCCACUUGAAAAAAAGUGUGCUCUUAUUAUUUUACUACUGGUAUGUUGGAUGAAGUGCAGUUUUCCUGUUUUAAAAGGUGAGAACAUUAAGGAGUAUUCAUAGGCUAAGUUAGCUUCAAAAUCUUGUUAGACGCUUACCUUUACAACACUGGCCACUGCCCUGUUUAUAUAUAUCAAGUUUGUACACCACUCCAGAAGGGUUUUAGACAUGUUGCUUUUGUGACCAAAUAAUGUACAGCUAUUUUUUUAUUAGAUAAAAAAUCCUUUCAUGUAUCAAUACAAGAAUGUAGGGUAAAUAAACACAUUCAUCAUUAAAAAGAAGGAAGAUAACCACCUCCCUUACAAAUGCACUACAUUGGAAUGAGGACAGGAGGUCAAUGGACUAGGAGGGUCACCACUGGGGGAACAGAAGGAGUUGAGAGCAAGAGACACAAGGGGCUGCUUCCUGUGUUCCGCUAUGACCACAUCAACCUCCAUAUUGGACUGAAGCAGUGGCCGGGUGGAGGUGUGGCUUCUUAUACCCCCUAACUGACAAUGUCAUGGCACAAAAAACAAAAACAAAUCUUGGAUGGAUGUAGGCUAAAGGACUCGGAGGCCAGCCUUUCUGUCCACUUUCCCUGUGCCUUGAAUGCUACAGUCGAGUUCUUCCCAAAUGGCACCCUAUUUGGUAUAUAGUGCACUACUUUUGACCAGGGCCAAUAGGACUCUGGUCAAACACUAUAAGUAGUGCACUAUAUAUUGUGCCAUUUGGGACAUAGUUACAGUGUGGAGCCUGUUAAGGUCCUGGUCAGGCCUCACUCCAGUCAUUUUUCUUAUCAUCAGGUGAGGUGGUAGCAAAGACACUGUCACAAAAUGUUUUGAGUUGGCACACAUGUGCCUCUAGAGCCCCAACUAGGGAUGUAUGAAAGUCAACCAUGGAGCAUCAGUGUAUUCUAUCUAUGAACAUUUUUGAGUGGUCAUUGCACAUAUCCACUUUGUGACUGCUUUGCUUUUGGUUUUAGUUCUGCCUGUGUUUUUUGAAAGACAAGGGGCCCGGAAGGAUUGCAUUAUGAACAAGCCCUUGAGCUGGAAACUGUUCACUUGAUGGUGAGGGUAAUAGACUAUCUUCUAGAUUCCAUGCUCCAGUAUAUAAUAAUGAUGACAUUAUCUUUACCAAUGGGAUACCUGACUGAGGAUACACCCUAUUCAUAAUGCUUUCAAAUGCUCUCACUGUAUCAAGCACUCUCAUGGUAGUUAAGACAUUGUCACAGCAUCAUCUAAGCUUAUCUUCAUGUUUUGUAUGUGAAAGUGGGCUGGGGAAAACAUUUAAAGGAAAUAUUGAGUUAGAGUGAUUGGCUUGUACCUCACUUCCUAGGUUUUUUGAAUCUGUAAGUCAUUAAAAUACGGAGUUUUUUUAAUGUAGUUUUAGAUUAACCUGAUUUGAUAACUAAUAUAAUGACAAACGUGUAUAUGAUUGAUUAGUACCAUUGCAAGAUUGAGCUCAGAUAUUGUACAUUGUUUUGUGUAUUCUGAUGCAACUAGGGUGCAAAACAUACACAGCAAUGAAUGCACACAAGCAUAUUUUCUCAUUUAAACUAAGGUGAAAGAGGACUGAAAUGAUCAAUGGUGAGUGGAAAUAAAAUGCAUUUUUUGGUUUGAGGAAAAUCUA